AGCGAUUUUUUUUCAAAAAAAAGAAGCACUUACUACAGCACUACAUAUACAGGAGUACAGGACGUGCCUCACGCUGGUGGUCACAAACUCAACCAUCUCUCCUCUCAAAUCGACACAGCCAGACGCCGCCGAUCGAUCGGAUCCACGUCAAGCACCUAGCACGCGAUGGGGCCGAGCGCCGGUUCUUGGUCGGCGUGUGUCGCCUCUGCCGCGGCGGCGCUGCUCGUCGCCGCCGUCAUCGUUCGGCUCCUCUCCGCCGUGAGGUCAUCAGGAGAUAGGCGGCGGGCAACGGCGAGCGGUACGGCCGAAGCACGGUUCCCUGCCGGCUCGCUGGGGUGGCCGCUCCUCGGCGAGACGCCGGCGUUCAUCUUCGCAGCGUACUCCCCCCGCCCGGAGUCGUUCGUCGAGAAGCGCCGCCUCCUGUAUGGGAAGGUGUUCAAGUCACACCUGUGGGGGUCACCGGCGGUGGUGAGCUCGGACCCGGAGGUGAGCCGCGCUGUGCUGCAGGCCGACGCGUCGGCGUUCGUGCCGUGGUACCCGCGGUCUCUGAUGGAGCUAAUGGGGGAGUCUUCCAUCCUGGUGCUCGGCGGCGGCCUCCAGCGCCGGGUGCACGGCCUCGCGGGGGCCUUCUUCAAGUCGCCGCAGCUCAAGGCGCAGGUCACCGCUGACAUGCAGCGCCGCGUCGGCAGCGCCAUGGACGCGUGGCGGCGCCGCGGCGGCAGCGGCGCGCCCGUGCGCGUGCAGGACGAGGCCAAAUCGAUUGUGUUCGAAAUUUUGGUGAGGGCGCUGAUAGGGCUAGAAGCAGGCCAGGAAAUGCAGUUCCUCAAGCAACAAUUUCGAGAAUUCAUUACCGGUUUGAUAUCACUUCCAAUUAAGCUUCCAGGGACUCAGCUCUACAGAUCCCUCAAGGCUAAGAAAAGGAUGACAAAAUUGAUACAAAAGAUCAUCCAAGAGAAGAGGAACAAGAGGAGCAGCAUCGAAAGCGGGAUGUGUCCGCGUGACUUGAUCGACGUGCUGUUGAGCAACGGCAGCGACGAACUCACCGAUGAGCUCAUAUCUGACAACAUGAUCGACUUCAUGAUCCCCGCGGAGGACUCCGUGCCGGUGCUUAUCACGCUCGCCGUCAAGUACCUCAGCGAAUGCCCCCUGGCGCUGCAACAGCUGGAGGAGGAGAACAUGGAGCUGAAGAGGCGGAAAUCGGAGGCGGGAGAAGCCCUGAAAUGGACAGACUACAUGUCACUCACCUUCACGCAGCACGUGAUCACGGAGACGCUGCGGAUGGGCAACAUCAUCAACGGGAUCAUGCGGAAGGCGGUGCGGGACGUGGAGGUGAGGGGCCACCUCAUCCCCAAGGGCUGGCGCGUCCUUGUCUACUUCCGCGCCGUCCACCUCGACGCCGACGUCCACGACGAUCCCCACGCCUUCAACCCCUGGAGAUGGAAGGAGAGGACGGACCUGACCAUGAGCAGCGGCGGCUUCACCCCCUUCGGCGGCGGACAGAGGCUGUGCCCGGGGCUGGACCUGGCCAGGCUCGAGGCGUCCAUCUUUCUGCACCAUCUCAUCACCAGCUUCAGGUGGGUGGCUGAGGAGGACACCGUCGUCAACUUCCCCACGGUGCGGCUCAAGCGAGGGAUGCCAAUCGUCGUCACGCCCAGAACCUGAAACAACUUGCCCGGCUGGAAAGCCCCCAUCGUUGUCGUCGCCGCCGCCUCAUCCGUCCAGGAGUUUGAUUGACUACAAUAGUUUUAUUUUUCAAAGCAGAAAAAGAAAAUAAUGUAACGCGAUUAAAGAGAGGGGAGACAUACAUUUAAGGUAGGGGGACAAAAUAGGUAUAGCAAAGAAACCUUGGUGCCCAGUUGACUACUUACAUGAUUUUAGUGUUACACUUGCGGCUCCACGCCUGACGCCUCGCUAUGUGACCAAUCCGUUUGGACCAGGCAGUGAAGACUGAAUAGUGGCGCCAGAAUGCAAAUGAUAAUGAACAGUAACAAUGAGCAGUG